AAUAAUCCGGGUCGACCAGACACAAGCCCUUAUCCAACAUCUCGUGCCCUAAGACCCAUUUCCAAAAUCAAUGAAGUAACAAAUACUCAGUCGGAAUUAAUUAGCAAAUCACAAUCGGAAUUGAUUUGAUAAAAAUCUUCUUUUGAGUUCUGCAAUGGCCGACGAAGCGAACAGAGCUGCUUUUAUGGAGAUUCAAGGUCGCAUGAUUGAGACCACUGGAAAACUGAAGCAGGUGCAAAAUCAGAUGCGAAACAAAGAAGGAGAAAAGAAGCGUGCUUUCCUUACCUUGGAGGAGCUGCGACAAUUGUCGAAUGAUACAAAUACCUACAAAUCUAUAGGGAGAAUGUUUGUUUUAGAGCCCAAGUCAGUUUUGAUGAAUGAACAGGAACAAAAGCUAAAGGAUAGUGAAACAGCAAUUGCCUCAUUACAGGCGUCGAAGGAAUAUUUAGAGAACCAGAUGGCAGAGGUGGAGAACAACUUGAGGGAGCUGUUGCAGCAAGAUCCCGGUCUUGCUCGUCAGAUAAUGUCCAUGACUGUAAUGUGAAACUUUCAUGUCUGAGAAACUCUGCUGUGUUCUAUUUUCCAUUUGAAAAACCAGGAAAUAUGUACUAGUAAUAGUUUAUAAAAUCUGCUUGCUUGCGUUUUAUACUGUCAUUAUAAUAUAUACAUUAAGAAAAUAUGGUUUUCAUACU